CCUCCAUUCCCGUGAUCAUUUUUAGGACAACUUUAUUCGUAUGAACCUCCCAAACGGCGAAACAUCCAGAAACAUCAAAUUCGUUCCAAUUUAGUAACCACCACCGCACCCAUCAUCGGAAAAUCAAUCUCCAAUCUUCAUCACCGUCACCGGAAAACCCCGAUUAAAUUGAUCAGAAAGGAGAUAAAAAAUAAGCUGAUUGAUAAGAAGAGAGAAUACAAGGAAGAGAUGGCGAGUCUGUACGUAAAGGCGGUGCAACCCACGGAUCUGAAUCGGAACACAGAGUGGUUCAUGUAUCCAGGUGUAUGGACCACUUAUAUUCUCAUUUUGUUCUUCUCAUGGCUCCUCGUUCUCUCUAUCUUCGGCUGCUCUCCUGGCAUGGCUUGGACCGUCGUUAAUCUCGGCCAUUUUCUUGUAACUUAUCAUUUCUUCCACUGGAAGAAAGGAACGCCCUUUGCGGAUGAUCAAGGGAUCUAUAAUAGGCUAACUUGGUGGGAGCAGAUGGACAAUGGAAAGCAGCUUACGCGCAACAGAAAGUUCUUAACCGUUGUUCCUGUAGUGUUGUACCUGAUAGCGUCGCACACAACUGACUAUGAACAUCCAAUGCUCUUCCUCAACACUAUUGCAGUGAUGGUGCUUGUUAUUGCCAAGUUUCCAAAUAUGCACAAGGUUCGGAUCUUUGGAAUCAAUGCAGACAGCUGAGUUGGGCUUGCGGUGAAAUAAAUGUUUUACUCGGACAAAAAUCCAUACGAAACCAUCCCCGCUCUGCUCACUUAAAGGUUAUAUCUCCUGUAUAGAAAUCAGAAACUAGUUAUGUAAUGUUUUUGUGGUGCCUACUUUUACAAGUUGUCUCUAUUUGAAGAUGAUGAUGAAAGAAGUGAGCUAUAUUUUGUACAGUAGAGAGAUGUUUUUAUGUAAUUUUGGUUGGCCUUUUUAUAGAUUUUUAAAGCACUAUCAUUGUCA